GAUUUUUUUUUUUUUAAAUGUACAUUUGCUUCAUUCAUUUCUACUUGUCUUGCUACUGAAAUACAGUAUAUGAUUCUACAUACUAACAUCAACCCUAUGAUAAAGCAAACAUAAAAAGAAAGGCUAUUUUCUUUUCCUGGGAAAAUAACCUUGAGAACUUGAAAAAGAAGUAAAAACUAAUAUAUUUUUUGAAAACUAAAUUUUACUAACAGAAUCACUCCAUUAGAAACUUCAGUUACUUCAUUUUUGUCUUUUAAACUGAACUUCUAAUUUAAAGGAAACUUUGUAUUCACUGUUCUCAUUUUUCACCACAGUUUUCCCCUAUAAUUAGUCCAUCCUUACUCAGUCCAGUGAAUAACAUCAUAAACUGGCCUACUCUGAACCACACCCUACUGACCACAGCAACUGUCUCACCACAUUGUUUCCCUCUGUUAACAUAUACUUUUGAAGUUACUUCAUUGGGAGAGGGAAUGAAAAGACUAUUUAAUAGUUUUCUUUAUAAAAAAUAUAGUAAAAUGUGAUUGCUAUGUAAGUGUUAGUAGUGGGCUUAAUUUCUUAUGUGUAUUGCUUUUUUCAGUUAUCCCACAUCAUUUUAAUAUUUCCUGUUGACUUGAAAUGCCAUAUUAAUUUAUCAUAAAGUAAAUCCUCAAAGAAUUUCUUUUUAAUCUUCAGGCCUAAAUUUUUGGAUUUGGAAUGUAAUAAUUUAUUCCCUCCUAGGAAAAUCAGUGUUCAACUUAAAUGGGCAAUGUAUGUCAAACUUAUUUUUGGUGAAAACAGUAAAUUUUCUGUGUUUUUUGACAUAAGAUCCUGGUCUUAAAAAUCUCAUUAUCCAAAUCUGUUUAAUUCUUCAGUUUGGGUGAUGAAUUGCAAUGUGAGGGGUUACUGCCUUGCUUGAAUCUAUUUGGCUCCCCAAUUUUGAAUAGAAAAUAGAAAGAUAGUAAAGGAAAUAUUCAGAAUUUUACUCAAGUAUAUUUGGUUCUUGAGUUUAAAAUUGUGAGAUUUUUUUGGACAUCAGGAAUUUGGAUAACAGGAUACUUAUAUUCUCAAAGGGUAUUACAUGAAAUGCUACCUGUUACAGUAGGUUCUCUUUUGAUUAUAGAGAAAUCUCUCUCACAUUGGCUCAGGAAAUAGAAAGGAAUUAAUUGGCAUACUUACUAAGGAAGUUUACUGGUUGAAUUUAUUUAAACUACUACUGAAUUCAUUGGCCCAAAUAUAUUCUUUGCCUUACUUUCAUUUUCUUUUAUUAUAGAGAAGCUUCUAUGCAUUGAGGAUAGAUGGAUGACAUCAUCUCUAGCCUUAUCUCUCUAGCUUACUAGCCCUAGUGGAAAAAUGCUGCUUUCCCAAUAGUUGCAGGAGAAGUUCUAGUACAGAAUUUUAGUGACUACCCACUGUGGCUGGGCAAAACAAAAUAAAGUGAUUGGCUCAGCCUGGGUCACAGCUAAUUUCCCCUAUCUGGAGGAUGAGAUCAGUCCAUUCAAACUGUUGAAAGACUUUAAACUAUGUCGUUUGACUAGGAAAGAGAGAUAGUCUUUUGAAGGAAAAUAGUACUUUUACUAGAAGGUUACUUACUGAGCAGGCUAACCUGAUAUACCUAUGCUGUUGUGUCAUAUGAUAAUUAAUUUCUACCAUCACUUUUCUUCAGUUGAAGCCUAUGAAAUGUAUCCUCAUUCAUUACCAAUCUAGUUUUUACCUGGCAUUCAUCUACUGUUAGUAAAACUUGGGCCCCAGUAUCUUAUCAGUAAUGAAGAUCAACUGAUAGGCACUCUUGUCACAUCUCACAAUCUGUUUCUCCUCUCAUUUUGUUUCUUUUUUAUUCUUUCAGUAAAAGAAAUAGUCUUUUUUUCUGAGAAGCAUCUAUCAACCUUAAUUUUUUUUAAAUAUUUAUUUUUAGUUGUACACAAUAACUUUGUUUAUUAAUUUUUAUGUGGUGCUGAGGAUUGAACCCAGGGCCUUGUACUUGCUAGCCAAGCGCUCUACUGCUGAGUUACAACCUAGCCCCUUGAUCUAAAUCUUAUUUAAUCUUAGUUACCAGAGAUCAUUGACUCGUCAGUUAGACCUUUUUCUUCAGUUUUCAAUUUUUGCUUCUCUACUUGUUCCUGUGUGUGAUCUUUCAUUUUGUUCCUAAGCCUUACUAAUAAAUAUUUCACUAAAACUGCUUCUCCUCCUUUUCUGGAUAGCAAACUGCUUCUCUUCCUUUUCCUACCUCUUUCCAAGGCUACAGUGGUAUCUGGAGACCUUUGUCUCAGGCCUGAACCUUGAAUAAUGGUAUAUAAGGGCCAAAAGGGAUUUAUGGGAUAGUCAGCUCAACUUUUUUUUUUUUCCUAUUUUGUUUGAUAUUUCAAUUAUACCAACUUUCUUUUGGCUAGUUUUUACAUGGUAUAUUUCCUCAUCUAGAUUUUUCUGUCUUGUGCUAUAUAUGUGUGUCUAUUGGCAGUGGCAUAGCUGGAUUUCAAAAAUUUGGUCUGAUAAUCUUUGUCUUUUAACAGGAACAUUUGCAUUUAAUAUAAUUAUGGAUACAUUUAGUUAUUAAAAAUAUUUGUUUUAUAUUGUUUCAUCUGUUGUAACCCCCUUUCUUGCUUUCUUUUGAAUUAUUUUUACUUAAUUGUUUUCACUCUGUUGUAAAUUAUUAUUAUUGUUGUUAUUAUUAUUAUUAUUAUUAUUUUAGUUAAGUGGCUAUCCUAGCAGAGGGGCUGGCAAAUUUUUUCUGUCAAGAGCCAUAUAGUAAAAUUUUUAGCUUUGUAGACCAUAUGGUCUCUCUCCAAACUACUCAAUUUUGCCAUUGUAAAUGCAAAAUCAUCCAUAGAUAAUAGGUAAAGGGAUGAAUUACAGAAGGAAGAAUAGAUAAAGUCAUCUAGGUAGAAAAAUGCGUAGUUUCAGCUAGACUCUUGGAGAGUAUUUUAACUUUCAAAAUGAGUAGUGGAUAAAGAGUUAAAAAAGUAAAUCAGAGAAAGCCAAUUAGGAAGAUUACAUGAAAAAUAAUCUUCAUGUGAGAGCAGUUCAAGAAUCAGAAGUUGACUGCCUUUAGACAUAUGCUAUGUUGUGUGAAGAUGAAUAAAAGGCCUCUGAAUUUAGCAUCUCUUUGAUAAUUGGUGACUAUUUCAAAGAGUAUUGAGAAGGGGAGCAGAGUGUGGGUUCUUAAAUACUUGGAAAUAUAGUCAUUCCCAUGUUCUGUUCUCUGGACUAUGAAUAACAGAGUUGCCUAGAUUUCCCUUGGAAAUGUAUAUUUUUUAAAAAGUUCCCCAGAUGAUGCUAAUAAAUGCUUAAGUUUGGAAAUUACAAAUAUAGAUUUUUUUUCAAGCAGCUUGAGAUAAAUAUGGAUUUGUGAGUUAUAUUUUUAGGCAAAUUCAGACACAAAGCCAUGACUUAAAAUAAUAACAAAAGAAAAUCAUAUUGACAUAAGUGGGAAUAGAAGAUUAUGCUGUGGCUGUAGCUGGAAACCUGCAGUUAAAGCAGCUGAAGAGGUUUUAGCUUCUUAGAGGUAAUGGGGAGAUGUAAUUGAAGUGGGUUUAUUGUUCAAAAUCACAGCUUAGGAUAGCGCUCCUCUGUUGAGAAAGAAGGUUCUGAGUUUAGUUUUAGGGUUGUCAUAUUAUAUAACCUUAGGAAUCAGAUUGUAGUCAUUUAGUGCAUUUCCUGAAGUAAUAGAGUCCAGCCUUCCUGCUGUAAGGAGUACUUUGCUUCCGUGAAGCCUUAUUCUUAGGGAUUCAGGAGAACAAAAACAUAGCAGAGCAGACUCUCCUGAUUCUACUUAAAUAACUUUUAAAAAUAUUUUUUUUUGGGAUAAUUGGGGAACAUUUAAUAUUGAUUAAUAUUAAAAAUCAUUAAUUUUAAGCUAGAUGCAGCGGCACCUGCCUGUAAUCUCAUCUGCUUGGGAGGCUGAGACAGGAGGAUUAUGGGUUCACAGUCCCCUGGACAACAUAGUGAGACCCUGUCUCAAAAAAAAAAAAAAAAGUUUUUAAAGGUUCAAUUAUGGUAGUGUCAUUGAUUGAAACAAAAUAGUAAGUGGAUUCUCAGUGUUUGUAUGAAAAAUGAAAGUUUCAUCUGAAGUAUACCUCCAAAUAUAAAUUCUCAAACAUAAGAGACCAUCUCUAGUGCUAACAAAGAUACAAAAAUCAGCAAUCAGAAGAGCAAUUCAGUCUGGAUGAUAUUAAAAUGUUAGUCCUAAAAAUAUUAAGUUUUAUAUUUAGAAUUUUAAAAAAUGAGUGAGAGUAAUAGCCCUUAUAUUAAAACAGUUGUGAAAUUUAAGUAGGUAGAGAAAAGAUCAGGUGGAUAUGAAAAUGACAAAUUUUAGAAGCGAAAGAAAUCUGCAGUUAAAGCAGCUGGAGAACACCAACAACAUAGUGUUCAUGAGUGGGAAAAGUCAAUAAUGUUCUUUCCAAUAUUAAUCUAUAAAAAUGCAAUUUCAAAAUGUCAAAAUAUAUUUUUCAUGGGAGUAAACGUACUUAUGUUGAAAUUAUUAUGGUAAAUAGCCAAAGUGAAAAACACCAAAUUUUGGAGAUAUGUUCUUCAUAUAUGAGAAUUUAUUAUAGAAUUGUGAUAAUUAAGAUGGGCUCAGGGAUAGACAAAUACAGCUGUGGAACAGAAUAUAAAACCCAGAACACAUUGUUAGGUAUAUGGAAUUUGCUACCUGGCAAAGGUGGCAUUAUAUAUCAGUGCACAGAGAGCUGAGUAUUAGGUGCUGGUUAAUUGUUAAUUUGAGUUGGAGUGAAAUAAUUAAGAGCCCUGUCUUACAAUAGCUUGAAAAUAGAUUAUGUGAAUUAAAGACCUAAGAAAAAAAACCCAAAAAAACAGAAAACCUAGGCCUUUUGUAAGAAAAUAUAAGAUAACUUUAUGUCCUCAGCAUAAAGAAGUAUUUAAAGAAAAACUACCAGGAGAUGAUAAACUUUAGAGCCAGACUGCCUGCUUUUAAGUCUUUAUCAUAUUCUAGUUAUGAUUUUGGGUAAGUUCUAUAAUCUUUCUGCAUUUGUUCUAUCAUUUGUAAAGUGAGGAUGACAGUAAUAAAAACAGUAAAGGAAGAAUUGUAAAGAUUUAUGUGAAGUUAAAUGACUAGUGAAAACAAGCAUGCAUUAAGAAUGAAAUACAACCGUUUUUUCCCCAUUGUUUACUAAAAAACAACCUGGAUGCAGAGUUGCAUUUGUAAUCUCAUCUAUUUGGGAGGUUGAUGAAACAACUUUGAGGUUGAGGCCACCUUAGGCCUUUUAGACUCCUGUCUCAAAAAAUUGUGGGUGUUUCCAGUUUGGGAUCAAGGUCUGGGGUGGGGGUGACAGGCACCAUGUCCAGCCGUGAAUGUAGCAAGAAGAAGCCCCUGAAACAGCCUAAGAAGCAGUCCAAGGAGAUGGAUGAGGAAGAAAAGGCUUUUAAACAGAAACAAAAACAGGAGCAGAAGAAACUUGAGGAGCUAAAAGUGAAGGCCGCUGGGAAGGGCCCCUUGGCCACAGGUGGAAUUAAGAAAUCUGGCAAAAAGUAACUCGUUUCUUGUGCCUGAAAUGAUGGUGACCAUUAAUUCCAUUCCUAUGAAACACCAGUACCCCCACUGUAAUAUCUUUUGCCACCUAUAGCUACAAUGAAGUGUUGUGUGGAGUCUGUUGUAAAUUUAAGAAUAAACUUUUGUAAAAAAAAAAAAAUUGUGGGUGUAACUAAAUGAUAUUCUGUUUGCCUACCCUGAGCAAGGCCUUAGGUUCAAUUUCCAGCACCACAAGGCUGGGGCGGAUGGGUGGAGAGAGAAAAGAUAUAAAAAGGACAAGCUAUAAGGGAUCAAUAAAUUUUCUCUUUAAAAGUAAAAACUUCUAGGGGCUGGGAUUGUGGCUCAGUGGUAGAGCGCUCACCUCACAUGUGUGAGGCCCUGGGUUUGAUCCUCAGCACCACAUAAAAAUACAUAACAACUGAAAAAUAAAUAAAAUAAAAAAUAUUAAAAAAGUAAAAACUUCUCUAUAACAAAAUGUGUUGUAAAUAAAAGAGGUAAGUCCCUGGUUGAUAGGAGAUUUUGCCACACAAUCAACUGAAAGCUGAUUAAAAUACUAAAAAAAUAAUAUAUGAAAAACUCAUUUAAACUGAUAAGGAGACGACAACUUAUUAAAAAAGGAGAUCAAAAUGAAUGAGCAACUUAGCCCAAAUGGCAAAUGAGAUGAUUAGAGUUGCCAAUCCUCACUAAUAAUCAAGGAGAUGCAAAUUAAAGAAUAAUCUUUUUGUACUUUAGAUUGGCAGAAACUCAAUAUUCUGACAAUACUGACUUUUAGUAAGGAAACGGAAAAGUCUGAACUCUGCUACAUUUGUUUGAAAUGGACAUUUGAGUAACCAUUUGGAAAGCAUUUUGUUAAUAUCUGGCAAAGUUAAGAAACUCCAAAUGCAGUAAUUUUACUCUUAAUUAUAAAGAGAAAAAUCUAGCAAAUAAACAUGAGGAGACAUGUGUGAGAAUUGCAGCAUUGUUUUCAUAGUGUAAUGUUGGAACCAUCAUAAUAUUCACUAGGAGGGCAGUGAGUGAAUUGAUUAACUGUGGUAGAAUCAUGAAAUGGGAUGUUAUUUAGCCAUUAUUGAAGUUUACAUCUGUUAAUAGGCAAAAUGAUAUUAAACUAAAGUGAAAAGUAGACUAUACUGUGAUAAUAUUUCUUAGAGAUUAAAAACAAAACAGUAUUAUAUAUAAAUUAUGGAGACUCACAGGUAAUACAAAUACAAAAACAUAGAAUAAUAACAACUUCUGGGUAGUGGUCAUAUCAUAAAGCAAAUGAGGGAACUUUAACUGUUUUUAAUACAUGUGUUUAUAAAAAUGAGUGAGCAUAGCAGUUUUCAAACUUGUUGAAUUUGAGCAGUAGAUAUAUGGUUGCUUUUUAUAUGUUCCAUAAUCUGUAUAUUUGAAAUAUCAUCUAGGAAAAAGAUAACAAAGUUUCUUGAUUAGAGGAUUUUGACAAAUAUUUGGUAGUAUGAUAUUGAAAUAACUGAAUAUUUUUAUUGUUUUUAAAAAUAGCACAUUAUAUGUUAAAGGAUGAAAUAACUAAAAAGAAGAAGGUUGAUGACAAAUGAGAAUUUUUUUUGGUAGGACAUAGUACUAAUGGAGAUAAUAAGAAAUAAGUUUUGUUCUGGAAAGGAUGUGGAACAAUUUUUCUCUAUACAGGAACUGAAGAAUAGAGAUGAAAUGAAAAUAAGAAUAGAUUGAGGUUGAGAAACCAUUUGUAGGUAAUUAUUUUCUGAGUGAGGUGUAAAAGAGUAGUGUUUGGGGAAUAUGAGAAGAUUGAUAGGGUAUGUGGAAUGGAAUGAGGUUAGGUGGAAAGGUAGAAUAUUAACAUAAAAAGACAAAAGGAGGUUGAAUAAAUUUAUAAUGGUGCCUACUUGUAUAAUAUUUUCAAUUUGUCUCAGUAAGUCCAGCAGAAUCUUUUUCUUACUCUGGUCAAACUUGUCUGUCCGGACGGGCAAAGAGGAGAGUCAAAACCCAGAGUUCUUUGAAACUAUGUCUAUUUACAUAACAGGUUUCUCUCAUUGCUUUCUUGAUUAUAAUGUUAUUUUCUGAUCUUUCUGUAAUUAAUGUAUUUCACAAAGUUUUUGCACCACUGAAAGCAUUCUUUCUUGUUUUUGCAUCAUCUUUUAAGAAAUUUGGGUGCAAGGUGACUAGCUUUGUGUAAUUAUUCUGUCCUUUAGUCCAGUCCUUAGUGAAUAAAGAAUAAACUUCGUUUUAAUUGCAAGUAACUUAGAAUCAUUUGAAAUAUCAGGGGAUAUUGUACUUUUUAAAUUCUGAAUUGUUGAUAAAACAAAACAUUGAAAUGUAUAUAUAUAUUUUUUGCCAGUUACUGUUUUAGAAAAUACUCUUUAUUUGAACAGUAGGAUGUAGUCUCAAUGAGACUAUUUGCAGUACUUGUUCCUGUACUGAGAGUUAGAAUUUUGUGUUCUAAAAGAUGUAUGUAAUGAAUGUGUUUGUUAAGUCUUUCUUUUUUGAGCGUCAGCAAUGUUUAAUAUGACUUGUAAAUGUUUCACGUCUUUUA